AUGGAGAAAUAUGGUCCAAAGGGGCAGUCAAAACCAUAUAAUGGCUCACCUGAAAAUCCAAACGACAACUCGAUACAACAGCUUGAUUUCGACAUGAGUCUUCGGUUAUCCAAUUGUCCUUCAUGGGUUUGUAGGACAUUCUUUGAGUAUUAUCUAUUUGGUUGCAGCUUAUGUAACUCAAAGAGUACUUGCGAGCAUGAUUUUUUGGCCCAUGUCCGUGGAAAGAAACACCGAGAAAAUGCGAAAGGGUUUGAUGCUAAGAAACGGAAACAAUUUGAACAACCAAUGAUACAUAAGGGUAACUCGAACCUACUGCCAGACUUUGACAUAACUGUCGGGCUGUCAAACCAAUCUCCAUGGUUUUGUAGGUAUAUCUUUCACCUUUCAUUCCAUUUUCAUUCUAUUGGACAUGCGUUGAAUGGUAUCUAUUUUGGUUCCAGCUUGUGUAACAUAAAGGCUUCUUGCCGGCAGAAUUUGCUAUCACAUGCCAUUGGGAAUAAACACCAAGCAAAUCUCAAACUGUUCGAUGCUGAACAACAACAACAACGACAAUCAGAACAUUCCAAGAAGGACAACUCAAAACAACAGAUCAACGUCGAUGUAAAUGUCGGGCUAUCCAAUUGUUAUCCAUGGUUUUGUAGUAAGUUAGUCGCAGCUAUAAAGGGGAGUCAUAUAUUUGGUUGGUUUUUGAGGUAUUUAGGCAGAGCACAAAGCCCUAAGUUAGUUGUUCUUUGCUUGUGUAACAUGAAAGCUACCAGCCAGCAGUGUUUGCUUUCCCAUGGCAAUGGCAGGAAACAUCGAGAAAAUGUUGAAUGGUUCAACGCUACUCAACUACACUCAGAACGUUCCACGAUGGAAACGAAGGAUACAAUUGAAAAUGCUUCUAAUGGUGAUUCAGAACAGAAGAAAGUAGAUCGACAUGUUUCCUCAGGUGUUGCGAAUGGGUAUUCAAAGGCUGGCAAAAAGAGAAAGCUAGAGACUUUCGAUGAAACAUCGAACGGGGAGGUAGUUCAAGCCGAGGAAGCGGAAGGAAGGGUUGAAAAAAAAAGCAAAUCAAAGAAAGCCAAGAAACAAGACGAUGAGAAGAAGGCAAAGACGAAACAGACUGAGUCGGACUCUGAUUUUGAGCACGAAAAGGAAGACAUGAAGCUGCUACUGAUAUCUUACUCGAAAGAAGAGCUUGUUAACCUCGUUUACAAGACCGCCGAGAAGGGUUCUCGGUUGAUGUCGGCCAUCCUUAAGUCUGCGGAUCGUGACAUCUCUCAGCGCAAUAUAUUUGUGCGUGGUUUUGGAUGGGAGACAACGGAGGAGUACCUCAAGGCAGCUUUUGAGUCCUACGGGGAGGUAGAGAAGUGCUCGGUGGUCAUGGACAAGGACACGGGAAGAUCGAAACGGUACGGGUUCGUGGUGUUCAAGACGCGAAAGGGCGCGAGAGAGGCACUUAAAAUUCCGGAGAAGAGGAUGUACAACCGCACCGUGGUAUGUAAUCUAGCAUCAGCGAAGCCGUGUGGAGCUGGAAAUAGGCAUGAAGUGGUUGAACCAGUGAAGAUUGAGCUAACUCAGAUGGCUAAUCAGAGUGAAGUGGCCUUACCCGGGCUUGACCUGGCUCACGAACAUGUACUCAAGCAGAGGCAGCAGCAACCGUAUAUGGAGAUGUUUGGACCGAACAUGCCCUUUUACGGACACUCUCAGCCUCCUAGUUUUGAUCCGAUGUAUGGUGCAUUAUGGGGUAAUCAAAUGGUCGCUGGUCUACCCAACUAUAGUAUGUUUGGCUCUGGUCUGAUGAACCAAGGAUCAUUGGUGGCACCGAAUCACGUGGGCAUGGCGGGGCAAUAUUUUGGUGAUGAUCAGGGUACUUGGUAUAUCUGA